CCUCCUAAAAUAGUAUGUAUAGCUCGUUAUAGUUCCCCGACAAUUUCCAAAAAUGUUUGUGUUUCCUUUUACUUAUGUUUCUGUUUGUUUGGUGCGAAUCUCUGUCUUCUCUUCCAUUACAAGAGCAACAUGCUUCUCCUCCAAAACCAAUCCACACCAAGUGUUCCAAUUUAACACACGCAAAAACACUACACAACUUCAACCAAAGAAGCACUUGCUGCAAAUUCAAGACCAAAAAAAGUUUGGUUUGACUGAGAUUGAAGGAUCUGCAUACACAGGAACAAAUGGAUUGGGUCAAACUAAUGAGAGUCCUGCCAAUUGGGAAAACGUGCUUGAAGGGAUUCGCAAAAUGAUGUAUUCGAUAGACACUACCGGUGAUCGGGAAGAUGCUGAUAUUCAUCCUCCUAAGGACAGAAGAUUUGCUGUCCUGGCAUCUUCUCUUUUAUCAAGCCAGACUAAGGAGCAUGUUACUCGCGGAGCAACUCAACGUCUUCGUCAAAAUGGUCUUCUUACUGCUGAUGCACUCAACAAAGCUGAUGAAGAAACUAUCAAAAAACAGAUUUACCCUGUUGGGUUUUAUAUAAGAAAAGCUGGUAACUUGAAGAAAAUUGCUGAUAUUUGUCUCACUAAGUAUGAUGGAGACAUACCUAACUCAAUUGAGGAACUACUCUCACUUCCAGGCGUAGGUCCGAAGAUUGCUCAUUUGGUUAUGAUUAUUGCAUGGAACAAUGUCCAAGGGAUAUGCGUAGAUACUCAUGUCCACCGCAUCAGCAAUCGUCUUGGAUGGGUUUCGAGACCCGGCACAAAACAGAGAACUUCAAUACCCGAAGAAACAAGAAAGGCGCUGGAACGGUGGCUUCCGAGGGAAGAAUGGGUUGCAAUAAAUCUUCUUUUGGUAGGAUUUGGAAGGACAAUUUGUACUCCUUUACGGCCUCGCUGUGGAGAGUGUGGUGUAAGUAGGUUCUGCCCGUCGGCGUUCAAGGAGACUUCAAGUUCAUCUUCGAGGUCCAAUAAAUCUCAAUUGAAUAAGAAGCCUGAAUCAAGCUGAUUCUUUUGUUUCAGAUUUGAUAUACAUACAUAGUUAAGAAUUUUAUGUGAUCAAAUUAUAAUGAGAAAUAUCUUGAACACACCCGUGUCUAUCUAAGUGAUGAUGUAUAUAUUUUGAAGAAAGACUCUUGUUUUAACUAAAAGAGAUGUAUGUAUUGAAGAAUUACAUAUCUUCAACUAAUUUUUUUUUCAUGUUUAA